GAUAACAUACGUCAUAUUCGAAGAGGAUAACGCCACAGAAUUUAUUUUGUGAUAAUGGGAAUAAAAAAUAAAAUUAAGUUCUGUGUUCAAUAGAUUGAUAACGUUAAAGAAAAUUUUAAAUUUUGUUUAAAUUCUAAUAGUUUUUUUAUUUAAACGUUUGUUGUUGUCGGGAGAUGUUAAUAUUUGUUUAAUUUUCAGAUUUAUGAAUCCUCAUUAUGGAGACAUACUACGUGUGCAAUGGAAAUCUAGUUAAACGAGACACUGAGAUUGAUUCUAAAGAUAUAUUUGUAAUUGAAGAACCAUUUGAAACUUAUGACAAUAAUAUUAUUCAAAAUGAACCACCACAACUUGAAGCUGAUAUUCUUGAAGAAUCUCGUAAAAGAAACUGCCGAGAGUGGAGUCAAUAUGAAACAAAAAUUCUUUUAGAUAUGUUUAGGCGAAAUGUUACUCAAGUAGGACCGAUGAAAAAAUUUAAAAGUAAAAGAGAAAUGUUCAAAUAUAUAGCACAAACAAUAUCUACUAAGUUAAACAUCACCAGAAGUGCUCAUCAAUGUGAAAAUAGGUAUAAAACGGUAGUAAAUCAACGAAAAGUAGGAUGUUCAAUAAUACAAAAAUCUAGAUCUAUUGUUGAAAAUAAAUUAAAUGAAGAAGAAAGAUCUCAAAAUGACGUAUCAGCUUCAGUAUCAGCAGAUCAUGAUUAUAAUGGACAGAACUCUGAAACUAAUGUUCAAUGCACAGUAAAAUCUACAAAUGAAUGGGGCAACGAGGAUACUAAGCUCCUAAUGGAAUUGUACAAAAAAAACAUUUCCAAAGUUGGACUGGAAAGAACAUUCAGGACCAAAUUAAAAAUGUUUGAAUAUAUAGCAGAUACCAUUAACAAUAUACUAAACAUCACAAGAACUGCUGAGCAAUGUCUAAAUAGAUAUAAAACCAUAUUUAGAAGAAAAAAUUUUAAACAGAAUAGAUUAAACAAUGAUAUGUCCACUGUUAUAGAAGAUAAUUUAAAUAACAGUGAUAAUUCAAACUGUGAUACACAUUUUGUUGAUGAUUUGUAUGAGUCUGAAUUUAACACUCACAUUUAUGAUGGCAAAACAUUAAGAAAACUUGUUAAGCAGCCAAAGAUAAUUCCUAAACUAUUACCUAAAGAGCCUAAUACUAGUCAAGACACAGUAUUGACAAGAACUCUGAAGGAGAUUGCCAACCAAAAAGAAAAGACGCUAUUAAAAAUUGCAGCAAAUCAAGAGCGUGCAGAAGAACGAAGGCAUCAAGAAACUCUGACACUUAUCCGACAACUUGGUGAAACUAUAGUUCGAUUCAUUGGAAAUCAACAAGGUGUUACAUCUGAACAGCAUUAUUAAACAAUAAUUUAUUUUAAAA